AUGUUGAGCCGCUGGGUCAAAGGCCCAUCCUCCAGCCACGACACCGAUGGAGACUGGCAGACCCGCGGCAAUCCCACCGCACAGAUUGUGAGCUUGGCUCACCCUCAGCCAUGGUGCAGGCUAGGCUUUAGUAUAGCGGGUGGUGUGGGGAACCAGCACAUCCCUGGAGACAACAGCAUUUAUGUCACAAAGAUCAUCGAGGGAGGAGCAGCUCAUAAGGAUGGGCGACUACAGAUUGGCGAUAAGAUACUGGCGGUGAAUAAUGUGUGUUUGGAGGACGUGAUGCACGAGGAUGCGGUGGGCACACUGAAGAACACAGCAGAGGUGGUCUACCUCAGAGUGGCAAAGCCAAACAACCUGUACCUUACCAGCUACAACCCACCAGACCUCACAAGCACGUACUCUCCGCAUCUGGACACAGACCUUGGACAUCCAAACUUCCUGGCUUCGGAUUACCCACAAGCCCUCACUCCCACCUCACCAAGCCGCUUUUCUCCUGUGCUGCAUGGCUUGAUGGGAGAUGACGACUUACCCAGGGACCCGAGGCGUGUUGUGAUCCACAGAGGAUCGACGGGUUUGGGGUUUAAUAUAGUUGGAGGGGAGGAUGGUGAGGGAAUAUUCAUCUCUUUCAUCCUGGCAGGAGGCCCUGCAGACCUGAGCGGAGAACUGCGCAAAGGAGAUCAGAUCUUAAGUGUGAAUGGCGUGGAUCUGCGGGCAGCUACACAUGAACAAGCAGCAGCUGCCUUGAAGAAUGCAGGACAGACUGUAACCAUCAUCGCUCAGUACAGACCAGAAGAGUACAGUCGAUUUGAAGCUAAAAUUCACGACCUCAGAGAGCAGCUGAUGAACAGCAGUAUGGGCUCUGGAACAACUACAUUACGAAGUAACCCUAAACGAGGCUUUUAUAUCAGGGCUCUGUUUGACUAUGAUAAGACAGCAGACUGUGGUUUCCUGAGUCAGGCCGUGGGCUUUAAGUUUGGAGAUGUGCUGCAUGUUUUGGACUGUGGAGAUGAGGAGUGGUGGCAGGCCUGCAGAGUCAGCCCACAGGGGGAUGAGGAGGAGGUCGGCUUCAUCCCCAGCAAGAGGAGGGUUGAGAGAAAAGACUGGUCACGGUUGAAGUCAAAAGAAAGGGACCGAAGUCGAGACAGUACACUUUCACAGGGAAGGGAAGAGCCAGUACGGAGUUACGAGACACUUGCACAAGUGGAAGUGCACUACGCGAGGCCGAUCAUUAUUCUGGGCCCGGUGAAGGACAGAGUGAAUGAUGACCUGCUGUCUGAGUUCCCAGACAAGUUUGGAUCUUGUGUCCCUCAUACGACACGACCCAAGCGGGAAUAUGAGGUGGAUGGGCGGGACUACCAUUUUGUGUCAUCGCGGGAACAGAUGGAGAAAGACAUUCAGAAUCAUCAUUUCAUCGAGGCGGGCCAGUACAACAGUCACCUGUAUGGAACCAGCGUUCAGAGCGUCCGAGAGGUGGCGGAACAGCAGGGAAAGCACUGUAUUCUGGAUGUGUCCGCAAAUGCAGUUCGUAGGCUACAGGCUGCACAGCUUCACCCAAUCGCCAUCUUCGUACGGCCCAAAUCACUGGAGAACGUCCUAGAGAUCAACACGCGACUAACUGAGGAACAAGCCAGGAAAGGUAUGGACCGUGCUAUUAAACUGGAGCAAGAUUUCCUGGAAUGCUUCUCUGCGAUCGUAGAGGGCGACAGCUUCGAGGAGGUUUAUCAUAAGGUGAAAACUGUGAUCGAGGAGCAGUCAGGGCCUUAUAUCUGGAUUCCCACGAGGGAGCGUCUGUGAGAGUCCACCCAGAGCCAAACCACCUCGCCCAGUCACCAUUUGGCCUGCCUGCCCUGGACUGUGAAGCUCCGACUCGUAGAGCUCGCGAGAAACAGACAGAGAGAGAGAGGGAGAGAUGGAGAGAGUGAAAGCGAGGGAGAGAAGUCACAGAGACACCAGGAAAUGAUGGAGUGGAACAGCACAGGAGCUGGCCACACCACAUCUGCCUCUCUUUUCCUCCUUUUCCUAGCUUUGUAACUUCCUUUUUCUGCUUUUAACUUCCUUUCUCUUCCUUUCUCUCAGUCCUUCUCUGUUUCUUUCUGGCUUUCUCUCUAAAUAACGUCCUUUCAGACAGGACUGGUGAGCUGUUUUUCACGAACUGGGAUGCAACAAAGAAAUUUUGUAUAUUGUCAGAUUCCCUCUCGCUCUCUCCGAACAAGACAGGAAGUGGAGAGAGAUGAGCGACCGCCUUGGCUUUUACUGGAAUGAGACGUUCAAGAGCUAUUUCUGAUUAAAGGAGCUCGUUUCACAGUACUAAAGGAGAAUUGAACUGAAAUAUGAAAGUAUAUUUAUCAGUAUCAAUAAUGCGCUGAAAUCUUCAAUAUCAAAGAUAUUACGACUACUCAGAGACUGAUGUUCACCCACAGUUAUCAGCAUCAAGGGCGUUUAAUUCCUUUUAUAAAUUUGAAGUGCUUGACGAGUGCUUUCUGAAAUGCAGGAAGUACCGAGCUGGCGAAACUAAAACGUUUGCCUCAGUCCUUCGAAUGUUCCACUUAAACAGUUUGCAGCUAGUUCAUCACAUUGAAUGGAUAAUAAGGAAGGAAAACGGGAAGACGCAGACUGUGACUUUCAUUCUGCACAUCAUAGAAAGCCACACGCUUGAUAUUCCGGGGUCUGUUUUCUUUGAUUUUCUUGCGCUUACAUGUAAACAUGCACAUUUAGACACACGCCAACAUAGACUUUGUAAUGUUUGCCUUCUUCUAUUUGGAUCUUCUUGCAACAGCCAGAUUGAUGUUUUCCUUUGAGCUGAAAUGUAUUUGCUCGGUUGGAUUAUUUCCCUGAGUGCCACAGCUCUCAAACACAAUGACUCCAGGCUGCUCUUUAAUGUGCAAUAUCGGGCUCUUCCAUAAUCUUCUCAUAAUGUAACGAAUUUUAGCCAUGCUUAGAUCUUGAAGUCAUCGGUAAAUUAUCAAACCGCUUCAAAUGUAAUACUUUCGCCGGUUUUUAAACAGGAUUUCAGUUUAGAUCACACUCAUGUGCUGAGUGGCUACGUUCACACCACAAUCCAAUUCAUUAUAUAUAAAUUAUUGAUUUAAAU